GUUGAGGAGUCUGUCAAGCAAACUGCAGCCCGCCAUUGUGUAGAAUCCAAGCUCACUAGAGAGAUAAGAGUGAUUGGCUGAAACUCCGUCGUAGCCGGACAAAUUGUGCACCCCGCCGCUGUUAAUUAGGAGACAAUACAGUUACACAGGCCGUGGGGGGGAAAGACAUGUCAGCCAGCAGCCUUCUUGAACAGAGACCGAAAGGCCAAGCUAAUAAAGUGCAAAACGGAGCUGUGACCCAAAAGGAUACUUUGAAUGACGAUGAGUUUGAGCCUUACCUGAAUACUCAGGCCAGACAGAGCAAUGCCUAUACGGCCAUGUCGGACUCGUACAUGCCCAGCUACUACAGCCCUUCCAUUGGCUUUUCCUACUCCCUAAAUGAAGCAGCUUGGUCCACUGGUGGGGACCCUCCUAUGCCUUACCUGGCCUCCUAUGGACAGCUGAGCAAUGGUGAACCCCACUACCUCCCAGACGCGAUGUUUGGCCAGCCAGGUCCCCUGGGGAGCAACCCGUUCCUGGGCCAGCACGGCUUCAACUUUUUCCCGAGUGGCAUCGACUUCUCAGCAUGGGGCAAUAGCAGCUCUCAGGGACAGUCGGGGACGCCGCAGAGCUCUGGCUACAGCAGCAGCUAUGCCUAUGCUCCCAGCUCACUUGGGGGUGCCAUGAUUGAUGGACAGUCUCCAUUUGCACCUGCUGCCAACGAACCCCUCAACAAGGCCCCAGGUAUGAACAGCCUGGACCAGGGCAUGGCAGGCCUUAAAAUUGGUGGGGCUGCUCCUGGUGGGAAUGGAGAAAUUGCUCCAAAGGUGGUUGGCUCUGGGUUACCUGGUGGGGGCCCCUUGGGGCCCGUGUCUUCUGUCGGACCUCCCAGCAUGCCUCCUGUCUCAAUCGCUCCAGCCAAGCCAGCCUCCUGGGCUGAUAUUGCCAGCAAACCUGCCAAGCCUCAACCCAAGCUUAAAACCAAGGGCGGCAUGGCAGGUGCUAAUUUGCCUCCUCCGCCCAUUAAACACAACAUGGACAUUGGUACUUGGGACAACAAGGGCACCAUGCCCAAAGCUGCCACCCCUCAGCAGGUGCCCCCUAUUCCCAGCAACGGGCAGCCGCCUAAUCAGGCUUCUCCGCAGCCUGGAGCUACAGCUGCGGGGAACCCACAGAUGCCUCUGAGCAAUGGACAGCUGGUUCCACCUGUUUCCCAGCUGGGGCAGCAUCAUCUUCCUCUUACUGGACAGCCAGGUAUGGCUCAGAUACCCCAGCCUCUUUCCCAGGGUCCCCCACCUAGCCAACAGCAGCAGCCUUCUCAGCCUACUCGCUGGGUCCCUCCACGAAACCGGGCCAAUGGAUUUGGAGACGCUAGUGGAAAUGGGACAGGCCAGUCACCUCCCUCUUCAACUGUCGGAGUGGUUCCUGGGGUCCCCUCUGAGCCUCACCCCGUUUUGGAGAAGUUACGCAUGGUUAAUAAUUAUAACCCCAAGGACUUUGACUGGAACCUCAAGCAGGGCCGCGUGUUCAUCAUCAAGAGUUACUCUGAGGACGACAUCCACCGCUCCAUCAAGUACAACAUUUGGUGCAGCACGGAGCAUGGCAACAAGAGGCUCGACGGCGCUUACCGUUCGUUGGCGAGCAAAGGGCCCCUUUAUCUCCUGUUCAGCGUGAACGGGAGCGGUCACUUCUGUGGUGUCGCCGAGAUGCGCUCACCGGUGGACUACAACACAUCUGCUGGCGUGUGGUCACAGGACAAGUGGAAGGGUCGCUUUGAUGUGCGCUGGAUCUUUGUUAAAGACGUUCCCAACAGUCAGCUGAGGCACAUUCGGCUAGAGAACAACGAAAAUAAGCCGGUGACCAACUCUCGGGACACACAGGAGGUACCGCUGGACAAGGCUAGGCAAGUGCUAAAGAUCAUCGCUGGAUACAAACACACCACUUCCAUCUUCGAUGACUUUUCUCACUACGAGAAGCGUCAAGAGGAGGAGGAGUGUGUGAAAAAGGUGGAGGUCCAAGGCAGCGAGCCAUAUCCCAGCAACCCAAGCAACAGGAGUCAUUACAGGCUUCAGGAACGCCAAGGACGAGUCAAGUAACAGUUGGUGCUUUGGUCAAAAGACUGAAAUGUCCCUCCUGAAACCCUGUCCACCCCGACACAUUAUUACAUUCAGAUCUCUAAGAAAUUCUAACAGGGGUGAAGAUUUAACAAAGGACAAAAGGAAAAAAAAAACUAAAUGAAGACUUUGAUUUCUUUUGACUUUAAAGACUUACUUCGAACUUGUAGUAAAAAGGAAACGAUUAUUCAUAGGACUACAACUAAAUGCAUAACGUCCUUAGCUGAUUUUUUUUUUUCUGCCCUACCCCAUUCCACUACAUAUGCUUUUUCCUUGUAUGCUGCUUUUUCCUUUCUCUUUUCUUUCUUUUUUUUAAUGAAAGGAAAAGAUCUGCAUCUGUUUUUAUGGUCCAAGAUGGAGUGUAAUUCUCACAGAAACCUUAAAGAUCAGAGAUCCAAUAGAAAAAUGUAGUGUCCCAAAGUAAAGAUGGACAUCUUUAACAGCCUUUCUGCAAACCCGGCUCUGAGCGUCAAACCAGAAGGCAAGAGCAGCUUCCUCCUCAGUGGAUUCUUCACCGAUGGCUGGUGCCAACUAUUCUCACCUCAGAAUUUCUGUUUGUCCUUGCUUGUCAUGUUUUUGUUAACGAGGACUGCAGGUUGCUUGUUAAAAAAAAAA